AUGGUGCUUUUGUUCCAGGUAAUUACAGAAACGGAGUAUUCUGACGGUUAUGAUUAUUCUUAUGAUUACACCACUGAGAGCCCAGCAGUAGGUGACUUUGCUAUAGAUGACUGGUUGUAUGAUCUCUUGGAUCUCACAGAUGAGUGUGAUCCAAACCCCUGUCUCAACGGAGGUGUGUGUGACCGCGCUGCUACCGGGGGCUUCACAUGUUCAUGCCCUGAGCCUUACUCUGGAAAGAAGUGUCAAAAGGUGAAAGAUGUUUGCAAGAAUGUGAAAUGUGGCAACGGAGACUGCGUCGUCACAUCUACAGCACCCUUCUAUGAGUGCAAGUGCAAGGCUCCAUACAAACCACCUAAAUGCAGGAAAGCUUCUCCCUGUCGGCCCAGUCCCUGUCAGAAUGGAGGCUCCUGCAUCAGGGGCGCCACCCCCGCCUCCUUCCACUGUGCCUGUCCUGACGGUUACAGUGGGAGGUUCUGUGAAGUCGGUCCAGAUGACUGUUACCAGGAGGAUGGAGAGUUUUACCGGGGCUUUGUGAGUGUAACAGACAAUGGGAAUGAGUGUCUGGACUGGAACUCCUAUUUCAUCCUCCAGAAGGGGGGAGAUCCCUUCAAAGAGUAUGCAGGCUUUGAUGGAAUUGGGCCUCACAAUUAUUGCAGGAACCCUGAUGGAGACGCUCGGCCCUGGUGCUUCGUCAAUGUCAAAGGCGAACUGAAGUGGGAGUAUUGUACAGUCAGGAAAUGCUCUGGAGGUGCCACAUACACACAUACACACACAUACAGAUUCUGCUGCUCAAAACUCUUAUUUGAAACAGCCCCAACCAAACCAGAUUUCCUUGCCGCCCAGUUCUCCCAGUGCGGGAGGCCGCAGCCUGGCCGCUCCGCUAGAAUCUUUGGCGGGAGGAAAUCUCUUCCUGGGGCUCAUCCAUGGCAGGUCUCCCUGCAGACGAGACCCAAAGGCUCCUCACAGCCCUUCAGCCACAUCUGCGGAGGCAUCCUCAUUGAGUCCUGCUGGGUGCUCACAGCCGCUCACUGCAUUAAAAGUGAAAGGGAAAUGCAAGUGGUCUUGGGAGGAGUGGACAUAGAGAAAGACGAAGAGUACGAUCAGGUCAUCCCUGUGGAGAGAGCCAUGGUCCAUGAGGAUUACAAGGAGACUCCAUUCGCACUUUAUAAUGAUAUUGCCAUGCUGCAGCUGAGGGUUACGGACAAACCGUUCUGUGCCAAAGAAAGCCGCUUCGUCAAGACAGCCUGCCUGCCAAGCCAGCCGUUCCCUAGUGGGACUGAGUGUGUGAUCUCAGGAUGGGGCGCUACUGAAACACAGAGGUUUGGUAGCAGCCAGCUGCUGGAUGCUCGUGUUCUCCUGAUCUCGCAGGAGCGAUGCAAGGCUCCUAAUGUAUACGGAGACUCACUGGAUGACAGCAUGUUCUGUGCAGGCAACAUGAACGGAGGUGUUGACUCCUGCCAGGGUGACUCUGGUGGCCCUCUGGUGUGUGAGCGGAACGGCACCCACCAUGUUAUCGGAGUGGUGAGCUGGGGCGACGGCUGUGGCAAGAAGAACAAGCCUGGAGUCUACACCAACGUCCACAGAUUUAUUGACUGGAUUGAUGUCAAGUGUGGUCGGGGUGAUUGUGUUGUUGACGUGAAAAACUCACCGUUUUACUCGUGCAAGUGCAAUCCUCCCUUCCAAGGCGCAGAUUGCAAGUCAUUGCCAUCAUCUCCAUGUGAACCAAAUCCUUGCCAAAAUGGAGGCUCUUGCGUCAAGGGAAACCGCCGCUUCCGCUGUGUCUGUCCUAAUGAAUAUGCCGGGAGGUUCUGUGAAAUUGCCGCCACUGAUUGUUACGAGGGAAAUGGAGAAACGUACACCGGCCAUGCAAGUGAGACACAAAAAGGGGAACAGUGCCUGAACUGGCAUUCCCAUUUCAUCAUGAUAAACGGGGAGAGUCCCUUCAUCAUGUAUUCAGACUUCAAUGGAUUAGGAUUUAACAAUGAAUGCAGGAACCCAGAUGGAGAUGAAAAGCCUUGGUGUUUUGUCAAAAGGAAUGGCCGACUGGACUGGGACUACUGUAAAGUCAGGAGAUGCUCUGAAGGCCCCGUCACUCCACCGGCUCCCGUCACACCAGUCUCACCGGGCCAGUUCUCCCAGUGUGGGAAACCCCAGCCUAGUCGCACAGGCAGGAUCUUUGGGGGCAGCAAGUCUCUCCCUGGAGCCCAUCCAUGGCAGGUGUCUGUGCAGACCAGACCCAAAGACUCUUCCUAUGCCUUUAGCCACUUCUGCGGUGGCAUCCUUAUCGAGUCUUGCUGGGUGCUCACUGCGGCCCACUGCAUUCAGCCCAAUAAGGAAUACCAAGCAGUGUUGGGAGGAGUGCACAUAGACAAAGAGGAGGCGUUUGACCAGACCAUCCCUGUGGAAAGAAUUAUUGUCCAUGAGAACUACAGGCAAACCCCCAAUGCCCUUUACAACGACAUUGCCCUGCUUCAACUUAAAGUUACGGACAGCCCUUACUGUGCCAAGGAAACCCGCUUUGUCAAGACUGCCUGUCUGCCAGACCAGACCUUCCCAGCUGGGAAGGAGUGUGUGGUAUCUGGAUGGGGCGCCACUGAAACGGAGACGUACGGUACCAACCAGCUGUUGGAUGCUCGAGUUCUCCUGAUCUCCCAGGAGCGAUGCAAAGCUCCUCAAGUCUAUGGAACUUCACUGGACAGCAGCAUGCUCUGCGCAGGCAUCAUGCAAGGAGGAAUCGACUCCUGCAGGGGUGAUUCGGGUGGCCCUCUGGUCUGUGAGAAGGAUGGAACCAACUAUGUUACCGGUGUGGUGAGCUGGGGCGAGGGCUGUGCCAGGAGGAACAAGCCCGGUGUCUACGCCAACGUCCACAUGUUUCUAGACUGGAUCAAAAGAAAGAUGAACUGAGAAGUCUGUGUCUUUGCAUGUGUAUAUGGGAAUGCCAUCA